AAAAGAAGCGUGAACUUGAACGCUGCUGCCUCCUUCACACCAGCUCCAGUCCAGGCGGAGGCCAGCCAGCCAGCCAGUCUGUUAUCUGUCCGUCCCCGGCGGUCAGCUUAUCGGAGUCGGAGCAGCUGGAAGAGGGGGGGAGGAGGGUGUUGUUUUAAGGGACCGAGGAAAGGUGCCAAAUAGCGCGACGCGAUGUCCAGGCGCAAACUUGGGAGCCGACCGCAGCACCUGAGCGCAAUUCAAGCCCCAGAUGUCUGUGAUAUGGAGGAACCUUCAGACUCAUCAGAAGACCACCAUCUUCCUCCUCCUGCUCUUCAGGUUGGGACCCCUGAAGAUGGCCGUGACCUGCUAACCUGCGGGCAGUGCAGCCAGGCCUUCCCCCUCGCCCACAUCCUGGCGUUCAUUCAGCACAAACAGGGCGGCUGUGUCUCACAGAACCAAGCCACAUUCGCCACUCCUCCUUCGCCUGCCAGUAGAGCAGGACGCCAGCGGGUCGCCGGUUCGGAGCCACGACCCGGCUUCAUCGAGCUCCGGAGAGGGGCUUCCAGGGAGCGGUCCGGUGGGGAGGAACCCGGUCUUAGUGUGAGACCAGACCUAAGCAAAUCAGGAUCUCAAGAGCCUUCCUUUUUCACUUGCCUUCAGUGUGAUGGUGUGUUUUGUUCAGCAUGGGCGCUCCUGCAACACGCUCAGCACAUGCACUCCUUCAACAUCUACCAAGAGGAUGAGGAGGACGAUGCAUACGUUGGUUUAAGAGAUGGUCUAAAUGAAAACAAACCUGCAGCUUCUGUUCUUGAUCCACGUCACCUGAACCAGGCUCUGGCCUCGGCCUUUCAGCCCUCGACUCUGCGACGCUCCCGUCAGAGCCAGGCCACCUCAGCGAGCCUCCAGGCUAUGAACUUCUCGGUGCAGCUCAAGAAGCUUGCUGAGGGGAACAACACCAAUGGUACCUACCCCAUGGGCCCUGUGUUGUCUCCAUCUUCAUCUCCCCCAGCAGCUUCAACGUUUCCUCAGACCAGCACACUCCAGGCUGAUUUCCACUGUGAGCUGUGCGACCAGAACUUCCACUCGUUGCGCGCUCUGUCUGCCCACCGCCGGACUCAUGCCUGUGAGAGGCCCUACCACUGCGGUGUGUGCGGACAGGCCUUUGCUCAAAGUGGGCAGCUGGCUCGACAUAUAAGAAGCCACCACAGGGAGGCUACUGGUGGAGGAAGUGGAUGCGAGUCUGUGGAGACGGUCCUGAUGGAGGAGGAUAUUGGGAGGCAGGGGGUUAGAGGAAGGCUUCAGGGGGCAGGGAUGGUGGGAAAAGAGCUAGAUCUGACUCAUCCAAAACACCCCUCCGUAGCCUCAGGCCUAAUGCUGUUAAACUCGCAGCUUAGACCACCUGACAAGGAGUUACUCAGGCUUUACCAGCACCACAGAGCUGGUGGUGAGGAGGCAGCUGAGGGGCAGGGGGAGCCGCAGCCUGCCUCACCCUGUGCCAGCCCCUCUGAAGGCUCCCUGGAGAGCGGAGAGACAGGAGGGAGUGGAGAAAGCGGCAUCGCAAGCGGCAACUGCACCCCAAAACGUCCAGAAAUGGGUGAGAGGGCACGAGGAGUGGGAGAGUGGGAGAACGAACGAGAACUUGUGGAGAGGGAGAAGGAGUGGGGCUCUGGUGUGCAGGAGUGGCAGAGGGACUUUGACAGGAGGAGCACUGCAGGAGGAACAGCCAUCAGCGGAGCAAACACCAACUCUGCUCCCAGUUCAACUGGGAAGAAGAAGAAAGACGAGGCCUGCGAGUUCUGUGGUAAACAAUUCAGAAACAGUAGCAACCUGACCGUACACCGCCGAAGCCACACAGGCGAGCGGCCAUACCGCUGUGGCCUCUGCAACUACGCCUGUGCUCAAAGCUCCAAGCUGACACGUCACAUGAAGACCCAUGGUGCCCAGGGGGCCAAGGCUUCCUUCCUGUGCCAGCUGUGUGCCGUGCCCUUUACAGUGUACGCCACCCUGGAGAAACAUCUGAAAAAAGUCCACGGUUUGAGCCAUGCUAGCGUGGGGGCCUACGCUCAGGCCAGCGCUGCCGACACUUUGGCUCUAUUAAGAGCAGGAGAGGAGCUGGGAGCGGCAGCAGUGGUGAAAACGGAGGAGGACGAGGAGAGUAAGGUGCAGGGGGAUGCGGUUAGAGACAUGGAGGUCGAAGAAGGUGGCGGGAGUCCAGCUACAGUGGAGGAUCUCCCACAAGAAAGCAGUGCAGAGGUGAGCCUAGCUUUGGCUUCUGCUCACUAAAAAAAUGGCACAUUAGGGCCGCACAUGCUAUCAAAGCAAAGAUGCUGCAUCACUGUCAGCAGCGGCAGGUCGCCCCAGUGUUGAGGCCCGCUGCAGCCAGCAGCAGUUCAUAAUCAUAUGCAAAGCUGCUGGCUGAAACUAAGUGCCUACAGUUCUUCAGACCACAGAGAAAAACAAGUCCGUGACAUUCAGCAGGGAGAUUACCAUACCUCGUGAACAGGAAGUGCUGCCGCAGUCCACACCAACACAGGAAGCUGAUCACCAUGCUGCAGCGCAAAAUGCAAAAGAAUAAAAGUGUGUUUCACUUCUCUAGCGACCCACUGGACAGAUGGCGACACAUCUCCAUCAGAGCAAACACUGACAAAAAAAAAAAAAAAAAAAGGGCAAUAAUAUGAUAUUCAGCACAGAGGCGAGGGAUCAGACUGUGCUGUUCUCUCUAGAGAAGACCUUUUAAAGGCUUUGGAGGAGCCACAGGCUGAAAUGAAUCCAAACACUGUCUGCCUGUAGUUUGUCACACUCUUUUUAAAGGCGCUUGCUUGUCACAACACUUGUCACUUAAUGUUUACAAGGCUUACGGGGCUUAGCGAGGCUGUGCUCCUGACUUUGUGAAUAGAUGCUGCAGUGGAUAUAAGGUGUUUACACGCCCUUGUUAAAACAGCAGGUUUCUUUGACCUAAAAAUAAUGAGACGAUGACAAAUCAUUUCAAAACAUAAAUGGGACAUCAAUUCUGUGUUAUGUAAGUGAAACUUAUAUUGGAGGGUGAAAAAAAAGGUAAGGAUCUCCAAUAAGCUGUUUGCAGUGUGCACAACCUUAGGUUAAAGCUUGCUGAAGCUCUUUGAUUUCUCAUCAGUGUUUACAGCUUGACUUGGUAAUAUUGCAGUAAUAUCAGACUCUGAGGACAUCUUUUAAUUAGUGACCCCACAGAUUUAUACUGUUUUACUUCUAGACUCUGGUUAAACCAUUGCUAACAGUAGAUUAUUAACAUACAUGACCUCAAAGUAAUCAAAGCUGGAAGAAAACUCUUAAUCUCUAGUAGGCUUCCGGUAUUUAUGAUGAUAUGCAUCUUACAAAUAAAAAUCUAUUGCUGUUUUAAGAAUGGCAACCCUUGGUCAUAAUGCUGCCACCACCAUGUCUCGCUGUGGGUCUGGUGGUCUUUUUUUUUUUUUUUUUUUUUUUUUAGCAAAAUCUACAUUUUGGAGUUGGGACAUAAAUGUUUAACAUGGGCCCCUUAAGAUUCUGCCACAAAGAGAUUCUGAGCUACAACUGAAUGUUUGGGGGAAAAAAAAAUAAAAUAAAAUUAGAGUUGUGCAUCACAGCCUUCAAUCUGAGGUUUCCGUCCCAAUCGGUGCAAACAAGAAGUUUCUGCUGCUCCUUUAGUGUUUCUCUCAGCAUAAAAUUAAGUCAUUUUAUCAGCAUUGAAGACACGUCCAGUUUUAGUUACCUCAUAUUUUAUUAUUUUUUCCCUGAUUAUUGAUGGUCUAAUGUUGAUAAUAUGCAUUUAUACAGUAAAAUCCAAUAAGACUUCCCGAAAUCUUAUUGGAGUCUGUAAUUUAUAAAAACAUAAAUGAAUCCUUGAAAUUAAAAAGCAAUCCUGUAAAAGUUUCACUUUGAGGAAUAAAGUGCAUUUGCUGAACAAGAAAAAGGAUAUGUCAAGUUAUUCUUAUUCUUCUAAAUACGGUAACCUUUUAAAGAAUUUUGUCACAACAGCAAACAACCAGCAGCUUUUUGCAGGUUUAACUGGUAUUUUGAGGAUUUUAUUGCUGGUCAUGUGCUCCAUGUCUUUAAGGUUGGAAGGCCUCCUUACCAUCACCCUAAUUCUUUGCUCCCUCUACAGAUUAAUCAGAUGGUUGGGAUACUACUGUAACUGGGUUUGACAAUACAAUCUUCUCCUAGGGGUGUCAAUCAUUUAAAUGUAUUCUGUGGGGUCUGUAGGAGAACUAAUAACAUUUUUAGUUGAUCAGACUAAACUUUUAACAUUAAAU